AUGCCAGGUAUCCAGGUUCCGCUGGAGACCAAGGUUGUUACAUGGGAUGAUGGCCAUAUCACGAUACUGCCCACCGUAAUAUGUGAUGGACAAAAUGUAUUGAUUGAGGAUCUGCGCCUCACAAAAAAAUUCGCAGCAGUUCCUGCCUCCAAACCAGGGUCCAGAUUUGUGACCCAUCUCAAGGGGGCCCUCUCUGAAAAUGAGUCAUUACUGAUGGAAAUCCGGUCUAGUCUUGCAGCAGGAAAGUGCGUCAUUGUGCGUGAGGCAGUGAAGCCCGGGCCCCUAACCUUAACUAUGGAGUACCUGGAAAAGCGGUAUGGCAUCCACAGCACCAUGCCUGUGGAUAUGCAUGAUAUGGUGCUUUGGAAGAAAAAUCCUGCCCAACCACACGUUCCUGGCAUGAUGGGUGAUUUGAUUUUGGGUAUAAAUAAUCCAAACGAGCAAAGAUGUGUUCUGGACUGUCCCAUAGCGAUGAGGGCCAGAUGGCCUAGCACCGGACCGCCAAUCAUCGGCAUCCAAUUGCGGACGCUCCUUUUCCACAAGCUCACCCACGAUGGCAGGGCGCUCCUUCAAGCUGCAAAAUCCCUCCGAAGUCCUUGUGACCUGGAUGAUUAUGAUGCUGAGACUGUGACCCUAUAUCCUGGAGAUUUGCUCUUAAGAUCCCUAGAAGUCACUGAAGGAAACACCACGCAAACUCACGAAUACAUAAAUGACACCCUCUGGCGGAUGGCUGCUCUCAUUCCCCGGUUGCCACCAGACCAACUAUCAGGCAAGUUUCUUAAUCCUAGGAAGCUUCUGGCACGAAGCCCAGCAUCCAUGUCCAGCAAGAAAAAGAAACCUGUGGCCUUACAAUCACCUAGCUACACUCGUGCCUAUGCAGUCGUUAUGAAGAUUCUGCAACACCUGGACAUUUGCCCACAAGACUUGCCUGACAUCUUGAGAGGGCAUACUUCAGUUGCAGAAGUGGGAGAAGUCGUGGAUCUUGGCAGUUGUCUCUUAGAAUUUACCCAUGCAGCAUAG